CACUACUAAUCAUGUUUGACAGAAAAAUGUGAGGUUAGGGGAAACGUAAAAACAAAUAUAUUUACAAAAAUGUUGAAAAAAGCUGUGAUAUUCACAUCAUUGUUUGUACUUCUAUUUGCAGUUUGGACCGAUAAAGCUUCUGAUUUCAUACCAGCAGUGAUCAGACAGUUUUUUAUUCAGAGGUCUCCAGCUCAGCCAUCUCCUGAGGUGCUGCUAACUUUGGAGGAGUUGCAGUUGUACAAUGGCAAAGACAGGCCCGAAUUAUAUUUGUCCAUUUUAGGAGAGGUGUUUGAUGUUACUAAAGGGGCCAAGCAUUAUGGCGAUGGUUGUCAGUACAAUUUUUUUGUUGGAAAGGAUGCUUCUAGGAAUUUUAUAACAGGAAAUUUUAAUGAUGAAGAUGCUUCAGACCAGGUAGCUGAUUUGAGCCAUGAUAAAUUGUUAAGCCUCAAACAAUGGAAGCAGUUUUAUAGAAAGCACUACACUAAAGUAGGUAAGAUGAGAUAAAUAUCUUUCAUUGUUCAGAGAAAAGAGUAAAGAGAAGAGAAAAAGUCUGGCCAGGAACAGAAAUAAGCUUGGAGCUUACCUUCUAAUGCUUUAAUGUUCUAUUUUGAAAUAACUGCUUUUUUUCUUAGGAAAAUUAAUAGGAACCUACUAUGAUGAAAAUGGACAGCUGACUCCUCAUGGAAAAGUAGUAAAAGAUCAUAUAAAAGCUGCUAAACAAAAAGAAAAGGAUGCAGAUCUUCAAAAACGGAUAUUUCCUCCAUGCAAUUUGGAGUGGACACAAGAAACUGGCACAAGAGUCUGGUGCACAGAAUUAAGUGGAGGCAUAUCAAGAGACUGGGUUGGCGUCCCUAGACAGCUUUAUGAACCAGGCUCCACGUCCUAUAGAUGUGCUUGUAUCAGCGACGAAAACAAGGAACUCGGCAGUAUUAAAGAAUAUGACGGUUGUGAUGCAACUUCUACAAGUUGUUUUAUCAAGAUAUGAGUCAUACUGUGUAUACUAUAUUUUUGUACUUAAUUUAUUUUUCUAAUAAAUAAUUUUUGUUUUUCUAGUA